CGUAGCGUAUGUUCCUGUCACUGUGCGUUUCACUGAUAAGUAAAUUCGGUCUUUAAUUUUAAUUAAAGACUAUAAUUUUAAUCAGUGUUCUCAAAUGUUGUCGUCCUCGGGCGGCAAUAGCCGCACCGAUUAAACCCCAGCCACAUCCAAAAUCAAGAGCACAGUUACUAAAAAUCCUGCCUCAACUCAUGGAUACAGUACCAUGGGGAAAAACGGAACGUAUUUUCAUGUGUUUCAACUUGCUUUCAAGUGGGAUGAACGAUCACUGACUUCCUUAAUCUUCCAUACGAAAAUUCAUGAUUUUCGUUAAUAGUAUGCUUAUAUUUACGUUCAUAUACAUCGAGUCAACGUUCCAUUUGUAUACGUAAGCAAAUAGAAAGGAACGUCGGAAAAUAUCGAAAGGGAUUCAAAAAGCUUCAAAUUAUCCAAGACGAUCAUGGACAGUGUCAGACCGAAGCAUGAACGAGGCACCUUAAGAGGCACAGGCCCGUCUUUCCGCUUUUCUAAUCGACGAUUUGAUGGAGACCAGCAUUUAGGAACGUCGGAAAACCAAUAUUUGAGCGGACGAAACAAUGAGAUAUGGUCAAGGCGACCGAUUACCAGAAAGUCCCAGUCUGGUAGUGGCGAUUCUACCGGACCACUAUGUCGUCCGCAGUCUUGGCGGUGUGCGAUGCCGAACAAAGUGCUAAUCGUGUAUGGGUUGGAAAGAAUGGCCGUUAACUGUGAUAAGAUCUUCAACCUGUUUUGCAUUUACGGCAACGUUAUGGCUGUGAAAAUUUUGAAAGGAAAGCAAGUACUCGUCGAGCUACAAGACGUCGAGGCUGCUAAACGAUGUGUGGCUAACUUGAACUUGGUUCGGUUGGACGAAACAACUGAGCUAAAAGUCAAGUAUUCAAAGCAUUCGUUCAUCAACAAUCACAGAACGUCAAGAAUGCCGGACGGCACGCUAGAUAUGAAAAAUUAUCUCAACAGCAAACUUAAUCGAUUUAUCGGAAAAGUGAAGAAAUACGAGGAUCAGCGACGAACCACAGCUCCGUCAAAAAUUUUGCAUUUCUAUAAUGCACCGACGGAUAUUUGCGCCAAAAAGAUUCACAAAACGGUGACGGAGGCCCUUGGUUGCAUGGACUCAAUAAGAUCCAUAACCAUUUUGCCUAAAAAACUUCCAGGCGCUAAGUGUUCAACUGGUCUGGUUGAAAUGAAAAGCGUCGAAUUGGCGGUAAAGACAAUUUUCAUUUUGAAUCAUAUGUCAUUUGAAUCGUCAAAAUCCAGGUUUCCAUUUUUAACUAAGUUGUGCUUCUCAAAAUGGUCCGAUAUCCGGCGGCAGUCCACGGGCUCGUCCGAUUUGCUGUUGAGCAUUACGCCAUGCAUAUCGUCGUCGUUGCACAAUUCUGAGUACGCCGUGUCCACGGCUGAGUACCCUAUCGCGCGCACGACACUGCAGACGACCGGGCCCGAUGGAGCUUCGUGGACGUUGUGGGAAACUAAGGAUAUUGUGACGGAGGCCAUUGACCACGUCGCAGUAAAUCUCGAGCGACCCACGGACACAUCGCUGAACGAGUUGCGUGUGACCGAGAACCCGCCGACCACAUUGUUCACUGCCCCACGGCAAACGAAUGACAAAACGUCGUAGUCGUGUAAACGUUACUCCUGGUUCGGAGGAGUUCCAUUCGCCUCGUUCGGGCAUUGUUAAAUAUAUACGAAAUAAAUAAUAAAUAUACAAUAUUUUAUA